AUGGAGUGUCUUGCAGCGGGCAGACAUACGCUCCGAAGGACAAGAAUUUGUCCUGGCUCUUUGUCACAUCGACCCGUAUCUUCUUUGACCCCGAACCGAAAAUAUGCCUUGACUCCAACGCCUCGGCGCAUGGCCCAUAACCGACCCGAUGCUCAUACCCAUAGCUCCUUGGAAGAAACCUCCGGCCACUCUCAGGCAUAUCCUUUAUCGGGCUAUUACUCCUUGAUAUUGAAGUCAAAUUCUCCUUAUCUCGGCCAGGCAACAACUACACAGCCUAAUAUUCCUUCGCCUGAGGAUAAAUCGGCCCCGAAAACCAUGAGUGAAGCGAAAACUCCCCAAGAGAAGAUGUCCAUUGUAUUUGGUUCACGUCUAGCCGGUCCUGGUCGUCAAUCUCGAUAUAAUCCAGGCGAGAUGCCACCAGCAUCCCAAUGGCAAACGAUCAACGGAGUGCCCAUCCCUCCCCGCCCCGAGGAGCCCGAGAAUUGCUGCAUGAGCGGCUGUGUACAUUGCGUUUGGGAUGACUUCCGAGAUGAGAUGGAAGAGUGGGCUGCUAGAGCCGCGAAAGCGAAGGCCAAGGGUGGCCCUGAGAGGGGAACCGCGGACAUGCGCGCCGCACCUCGAGCCGAGGUUGAUUCGGCCAGUCAAAGCAUGGAUGAGGAUGGCGGGGGCAGCGAGGCCAACUGGCCUGCACCAAGUCAGGACGAGGACUUGUUCGCCAAUAUUCCAGUUGGGAUCCGAGAAUUCAUGAAGACAGAGAAGAGGCUUAAAGUGAAGCACGAGCAGGAAGCAACGGUUUAA